AUGUCGUUCUCCUCCCUCGUCCAGGACAUUGCCUUCAGAGACUCGCACCCCGACGACCGCAGCUCCGUCGUGUCCCGGGUCUUCUCGCGGUCGCAUGUCAGCACCACAGCGACCAGCGUGAGCAUCUCCGGCGACAUUGGCAGUCAAUUGCAUGCUGGCUACAGCCAUCCGCUGAACCGGACAUGGCAGGCUGAGAGGCAGCUAACCAAGUCUAUGCUCAUCUACCCGCUCUUCAUCACCGACGAUCCAGACGAAGAAACCCCCGUUCCCUCGCUGCCAAACCAAUACCGCCGCGGCGUCAACCGUCUCAUCCCCUUCCUCACGCCCCUCGUCAACAAAGGCCUCAGCUCUGUCAUUCUCUUCGGCGUACCCCUCGCGCCGAACGCCAAAGACGCCCUCGGCACCUCCGCCGACGACCCAUGCGGCCCUGUCAUCCAAGCCAUCCGCCUCCUGCGCAGCCACUUCCCCAGCCUGUACAUCGUCACGGAUGUCUGUCUCUGCGAGUACACCUCACACGGCCACUGCGGCAUCCUGCGCGAAGACGGCACCCUCAACAACGCCCUCUCCAUCGACCGCAUCUCUGAUGUCGCUCUUGCCUACGCCGAAGCCGGCGCCCACUGCGUCGCCCCCUCCGACAUGAACGACGGCCGCGUGCGCGCCAUCAAGCUCAAACUCAUCGAGGCCGGCCUUGCCCACCGUGUCUUGCUCAUGUCGUACAGCGCCAAGUUCAGCGGCUGUCUGUACGGGCCCUUCCGCGACGCGGCCUGCUCCACGCCCUCGUUCGGCGACCGGAGGUGCUACCAGCUCCCGCCCGGCGGACGCGGGCUGGCGCGCCGUGCCAUCCAGCGAGAUAUCGCCGAGGGCGCUGAUAUCAUCAUGGUGAAGCCUGCCAGUAGCUAUCUGGAUAUCAUCAGCGAUGCGAAAGAGCUGGGCAAGGAUAUGCCCGUUGCGGCAUACCAGGUCAGUGGCGAAUUUGCGAUGAUCCAUGCCGGUGCCAAAGCUGGCGUGUUUGAUUUGAAGACCAUGGCCACGGAAAGCACCCAAGGUAUCUUACGGGCUGGUGCUGGUAUUGUUGUGAGCUACUUUACCCCGGAGUUCUUGGAGUGGCUGAGCUCCUGA